GGUGACCAUAUAAGGUUAUGAUUAUCAACCAGGCACAUAUAUCUAGACUAUCCACUUCUCCCCCCACUCUGUGGAAAGAAAGCCAUGGAUAGCUCCUUUAGUAAUCUUCAUGUUGCUAUUCUCUCCAGCCCCGGCAUGGGCCACCUCAUCCCUGUGGUUGUUCUCGCCAAUCGCCUCGCCGCUCACCACAACGUCAGGGUCACCGUUCUUCAAGUCACCACCGCCGUCGCGCCGCCGGAGUCCAAGCUCCUCAACCUCCACGUCCAUAAGGAGCUAGUUCAAAUCAUCCAACUUCCACCGGUUGAUAUCUCCCACCUCGUGGGUCCUUCCACCCAAGUCGUCACCCAACUCUGCCUAAUGGUCCGCGAGGCCUUGCCUGUCAUCCGCUCCGCCAUCGACGCCAUGGACCGCCGCCCCGACGCCCUCUUCGUUGACCACUUCGGCACGGAUGCGCUGCCCAUCGCCGCCGAGCUCAACAUUGCCAAGUAUGUCUAUGUUCCUAGCACGGCAUGGUUCACUGCCUUAACCGUGUACUGCCCGGUUCUCGAUCAAGAAAUCGAGGGGGAAUACGUUGAUCAACUCGAGGACUUGAGAAUCCCGGGCUGCAAACCGAUUCGACCGGAGGACGUCGUGGAACCGAUGCUGGACCGGAAUGAUCAGCAGUACGAUGAGUAUGUAAGGAUGGGGAAACAAAUUCCUUUAUCUGAUGGGAUUCUGUUCAAUUCUUGGGAGGAUUUGGAGCCCAAAACAAUCCAAGCUCUCAGGGAGAACCAAACCUUGAGAUCCAUAGUGAAUAUCCCCGUUUACCCCAUCGGUCCACUAAGGAGGCCAAUUGAACCGGCCGGUCCAACAAGCGAGUUGAUAAGUUGGUUGGACCGGCAACCUAACGAAUCCGUACUCUUUGUGUCAUUUGGGAGUGGUGGAAUGCUGUCGACAGAACAAAUGACCGAGCUAGCUUGGGGAUUAGAGCUAAGCUGUCAGAGAUUCAUUUGGGUGGUGCGCCCGCCCACAAGAGGCCGCAUGGACGACGCUUAUUUGAGCAUACACAACACCUCGGACGACACUCCAACCUAUUUACCCGAAGGGUUUUCGACCCGAACUCGUGACGUGGGAUUGCUAGUCCCGACAUGGGCCCCACAAGUUGAAAUCCUGAGCCACCCUGCCGUGGGAGGGUUUCUAUCACACUGUGGCUGGAGCUCAACGCUGGAGAGCAUCACAAAUGGCGUGCCAAUGAUUGCGUGGCCGCUCUACGCGGAGCAGAGAAUGAACGCGACGUUCUUGGUGGAGGAGGUGGGCGUGGCGGUGCGGCCAGGGGUGUUGCCGACGAAACAAGUGGUGGGGCGGGAAGAGAUAGAGAGAUUGGCUAGGAGUUUAAUUGAGCAUAAAGAAGGGCAACGUAUGAGGGAGAAAGCUAAACAGUUGAAACUGAGUGGAAUGGACAGUCUAGGACAUGGUGGCUCAUCGUACAAAUCAAUGUGUGAGAUACUUUCCAAGAUCGGGUGAGUAAGAAUUAGAGGGACCAUGCAGGAAUUUGAGGAUAAAGCAUGGGGUUAAAUGUCUUUUCACUCUUACUCAAUAUGGCAUUGGGUGAUUUUCCUUUUUUUUUUUUUUUUAACACUUGAGAAUUACAUUUCAAGUCAUUGAAUUGUCAAAUCACAGCGCGUUAACGUCUGAAUUUCAGCAUCAAAUGCUGCUUAGCACCUUGAAGUCAGAUGUGUG